AUGAGUAGCCUCGUGGAGCGGCUCCGGGUGAGAUCGGAGAAUAAGCCGCGGUACAAUAUAGAUGAUUCGGACGACGAUCUCUUCGUUCCCCUCGCGACGUCGAAGAGGAAGCAGGAAGAGAAGCCCCCCGAGAAGAUCGUGAGGGAUGAUGCGAAAGAAGAUGCAUGCCAACUCUGUGGAGAAAAAAAUGACAAUCUAAUUUCCUGUGGAACAUGUACAUAUGUUUUCCACCGGAAAUGCUUGGUUCCGCGUUUGAAAAUAACACCUGAUGACAAAUGGAGCUGCCCUGAAUGUGUGAGCCCGCUGACUGAAGUUGAGAAGAUAUUAGAUUGUGAAAUGCGCCCUGUUGUAAAGGAUGGGAUUGAUUCUUCACAGCCUGGUUCAAAACAAGCUUAUGUGAAGCAAUAUCUUGUGAAGUGGAAAGGACUUUCAUACCUUCACUGCACAUGGGUUACAGAGAACGAGUUCUUGAAAGCUUCCAAGGCUCAUCCACGAUUAAAGACUAGAUUAAACAAUUUCCAUAGGCAAAUGGAUUCCAUGGAUAAGUCAGACGAUGACUGGGUUGCAAUUCGACCUGAAUGGACUACCGUUGACAGAAUUAUCGCUAGCAGAAAAGCUGGUGAUGAGCGUGAGUACCUUGUGAAAUGGAAAGAGCUUCCGUAUGAUGAAUGUACCUGGGAAGUUGAGUCAGACAUAUCUGCCUUUCAAUCUCAGAUUGAAAGAUUCAACAUGAUUCAGUCGAGACGUCAUAAAAAACCUCCUAUUAAGAGUAAGAAUGGUAAUCGUGAUACACUUUCCUAUGAGCAGAGCCCUGAAUUUCUCUCUGGCGGGUCAUUACAUCCCUAUCAGCUUGAAGGAUUGAAGUUUUUGCGCUAUUCAUGGCUAAAAGAUAAUCGGGUUAUCCUUGCAGAUGAGAUGGGUCUAGGAAAAACAAUACAAAGUAUUGCUUUUCUGGCUUCUCUGUUUGAAGAGAAUGUAACUCCUCAUUUGGUAGUGGCCCCUUUAUCAACGCUGCGCAACUGGGAGCGUGAGUUUGCAACAUGGGCACCUCAGAUGAAUGUUGUAAUGUAUUUUGGAACUGCCCAGGCUCGUGAGGCCAUUAGAAAAUAUGAAUUUUACUUCCCCAAAGAAAAAUCUCAUAAAUUUAAAAAAAAGAAAACUGUUCAAGGAAGCAGUCAGAAGAAACAAUCGAGAAUAAAGUUUGAUGUUCUUUUAACUUCAUAUGAGAUGAUUAACAUGGACUCGGCAGUUUUGAAGCCUAUUCGGUGGGAAUGCCUGAUUGUCGAUGAGGGUCACAGGCUGAAAAAUAAAGAUUCUAAAUUAUUUAGUCAAUUGAGAGAUUAUUCUACUAACCACCGUGUGCUUUUAACUGGAACGCCUCUACAGAACAACCUGGAUGAGCUAUUCAUGCUUAUGCACUUCCUUGAUGAUAAGAGUUUUGGGAGCAUAGAGCACCUUAAGCAGGAAUUCACGGAUAUAAAUCAAGAUAAGCAAAUUGAAAAGCUUCAUGAUAUGCUUAUGCCACACCUUCUUCGAAGAUUCAAGAAGGAUGUAAUAAAAGAUCUACCUCCGAAAAAGGAACUAAUUUUACGGGUGGAACUAAGCAGCAAGCAGAAAGAAUAUUACAAGGCUAUUCUUACUCGAAAUUACCAAAUACUAGCUCGUCGUGGUGGUGCUCAGAUAUCCCUUAUCAAUGUUGUCAUGGAACUUCGCAAACUUUGUUGUCAUGCAUACAUGUUAGAAGGUGUUGAACCUGUUAAAGAGCCGGCCAAUGCUGAUGAAGGUUUAAGACAACUUCUAGAAACUUCUGGAAAAAUGCACCUGUUGGAUAAAAUGAUGGUAAAGCUAAAAGAGCAGGGACACAGAGUUCUAAUUUAUUCACAGUUUCAGCACAUGUUGGACUUACUUGAAGAUUACUUGAGUUACAAGAAAUGGAGCUAUGAGAGAAUUGAUGGCAAGAUUGGUGGCGCUGAAAGACAGAUACGCAUAGACCGAUUCAAUGCGAAGAACUCCACUAGGUUUUGCUUUCUUCUUUCUACCAGAGCUGGAGGACUGGGAAUUAAUCUGGCAACUGCUGAUACUGUUAUUAUCUAUGAUAGUGAUUGGAAUCCUCAUGCGGAUUUACAAGCAAUGGCUAGGGCUCAUCGGUUAGGGCAAACCAGCAAGGUUAUGAUAUAUAGGCUUAUAACUCGAGGAACCAUUGAAGAACGGAUGAUGCAGUUGACUAAGAAGAAGAUGAUAUUAGAGCAUCUUGUCGUUGGCCGGCUUAAGGCGCAGGGAGUCAAUCAGGAGGAGUUAGAUGAUAUCAUACGAUACGGAUCAAAGGAGUUAUUUGCUGAUGAGAAUGAUGAAGCUGGAAAAGCUCGCCAAAUUCAUUAUGAUGAUGCUGCAAUCGAUAGGUUACUUGAUCGUGACCAAAUAGAUGAUGAAGAGACUUUAGAUGAUGAAGAGGAGAGUGACUUUUUAAAAGGCUUCAAGGUUGCGAACUUUGAGUAUAUAGAUGAAGCUGAAGCUGCUGCAGCAAGAGAGGAAGAGCUACGAAAACGUUCUAUGAAUGACAAAGCUUCUGGCUCUAAUGUCGACAGAGCAAACUAUUGGGAUGAAUUAUUGAAAGAUCGAUAUGGAGUACACCAAAUGGAAGAAUAUACUACUAUGGGAAAAGGAAAAAGAAGCCGCAAACAAAUGACGGCUGCUGAUGAAGAUGAUCUUGCUGGCUUGCAAGAUGUAAGUUCUGAAGAUGAAGAUUACUGUUAUGAAGAUGACUUUUCAGAUGAGGACUCAAAUAUAGCUGGAAAUGGACCUGGGAAAAGGGGCCAAUUUUCAAAGAAGAAAGGACGCGGUUAUGUUGAGUCACCGCUGAUGGAAGGUGAGGGGCGGUCUUUUAGGGUUCUUGGUUUCAAUCAGAACCAAAGGGCUUUGUUCGUACAAAUACUGAUGAGGUUUGGCUUUCAGGAUUAUGAGUGGAAGGAAUUUCUUCCUCGACUGAAGGGUAAAACUGCUCGUGAAAUAAAAGAAUAUGCAGCGCUCUUCAUGACUCACCUUCUUGAGGGUAUAAAUGACUCGGCUAACUUUUUGGAUGGUGUUCCAAAAGAAGGACUCCGCGUAGAUGAUGUAUUGGUCCGACUUGCAAACAUUAAUCUAAUAGAGGAGAAGGUGCAGUACAUGUCAGAAAACCCUGGCGCUAAACUCUUUCCUGAAAAUAUAAUAGCUCAUUUCCCUAGCUUGUUGUUUGGGAGAGUAUGGAAGGUGGAACAUGAUUUACUCUUAUUGAAAGCUAUGCUAAAGCAUGGCUAUGCAAGGUGGCAAUCUAUAAUGGAUGAUAAAGAUAACGGGCUUGCCGAUCUUGUUCGUCAAGAAUUGAAUCUUCCUUCUUUAAAUGGAAACUUUACAGACACUUCUCAGACAUUUGAGGGUGGGAAUUCUGCUUGCACCACUGCCAAUGGAACUCCAGAAGCUGCCAAGGGAAGCCAGUUAGGUCCAGACUAUGCCACAUUGUAUCAAUACAGGGAACUACAACGUAGGAUGGUCGAGUUUAUAAGAAAGCGAUAUCAUCUUUUGGAGAAAUCCAUGAACCUAGAAUACGCUAUGAGUAUAACCAAAACUAAUGAGCUUACAGACCACGAUCAAGAUACUGAAUCAAAGGUUGCUGAAGAGCAGCAUACCAGCUCAAUGUUGAAGGAGUUGCCUGUUUUGGAACCAAUUUCUGUUGAUGAACCUGCCAACAAUCUCAAGCCUGAUAAUGUAGAAGCAGCUUUGCUUUAUAAUAAGCUAUGUAAAGUAGUUGAAGACGGCGAAACUGACUUGCUCCACUCACAUCUUGGGGACAAGAUUGCGGGUUCCAGGUUACAGGAUAAUCUCCGCCAACUCGAAUCGGCAUGUGAAGAUUUAUGCCGGUUUCUUUCAGUGCAAGAACAGACUGUUAAUUCUGCAGAAGCAGUAAAUGCCGAUGCUGCUGAUCGGAAAGCUGGAGCUAAAGCAGCAUCACCAGCUCAUGCGUCAACUUCUGCGGCGGAAGCUAUGGAUUGUUCAUCGAACGAAGUGGAUGACGUCAAAACAGUGGAUAAUUUAACGGAGAGGGUGACAGCUGUCGAUGAAUGAGUGAGAUUCUCCUUACAGGUGGUAUUACGAACAUUCCUGCUAAUUGAAUCUAACUGUUGUUGUGUAGGAUAAAGCUUUCCACUUCUGAUUUCUAAUAUACUAGUUCCAUAUAAACUCUUUUUUCGCCGGAUUAAAAUAUCAGAUCAGUUUCUCUUUUCUUUUUCUUUUUUUGUUUAUUUUGUUGUAGCCAAUCAUGGCAUAAUCUGAAUGGUUUUGUAGAAUCCCAUGCGAUAUGUAUUACGAAAUAUUAUAGUUUCCUUAUUAUUGUUAAUUUUGUUCUU